UCUGUCGGUCGGUCCGCCAGACGGCGCAGAAAUGUAAACAGGCGGAAUGACUGCUUGUCAGCUUAUCACAAAAUUCGGAGCCGCUAUGGUACUGAAAAUAAGCGUGAGUUUGCCUUAAGUGCUGGAACGGACGACGCCUGUGCCAAAUUUACUAUUGAAGGACGUGAAAGAAUGCAGGGACCAAGAUUCUAGUUUCACAAUGCAAAGUGGCUCUGGUGCCAGGUGAUAAGCACUGGCUGUGGACCAAGAAGUCUGAAUGGGGGCAGGGAAUUCGUCCCAUGAUGCUGGCUGCCCAAGGCCGGAGCCCCACUGGAUUCACUAUGGCUCCAUUAACCUGGAGGAUGAAGUGCCAGCCGAGGCGCUCAAAGUGGGGGCUUCUGUGGGGAAAAAGAUCUCUCCCGUGCGGAGGUUCUUUGCCUUACUGGCAACGUUUGAUGUCUGUUUCUGUUCCUUCCUCUGGAUUCUCUGUGCAAUGCUGCAGUACAAGUCAGUCAAACUAGUUUAUGAGAAAGAAAUCCUUGGAUAUGGAAUUUCAACAUCCUUGUUUGAUAUGUCUGUGCUAUCUGCCCUUCGUUUUGUGGUGCUGCUUUUGGCAUACAUUGUGUUUCGGUCGAAACACUGGCUUCUUGUCGCACUCAUGACCACACUGAGUGGUGCCAUUGUCAUCUGCAAGACCUUCCUGUAUGACUGGCAGGGCCAGUUAGCAGUGAACUCUGGUGUCCUUGCUGGAGUAUUGCUUCUUGUGACAUCAUUCGUGCUGCCCUGGGGGCAGGCCUGGUUUUUGGAUUUUCGUGUGGUGCCUAGCGAGAACCGGGCCUCGCAGCUGCUUGCACGUAUAGUCAAUGAUGCCUUCCCACCUGUUCCGUCGUCCGUUGGCCGAGGGAAUGUGCGCAGCGAAGAUGGUGGCACCACUUUUUAUUCACCUGAAAGCGGAUCAGAAAAUGAGUCUUUAGCAGGAGAUGAUGUCCAUGUUAGAAGUGAUAUUCAGCUACCUCAUGACCUGCGUGUCAGGUUUGAGCAGCCAGAGUGUGCACCAAAAUUGCUGGGCCCUGAGGAGCGUUCAUACAAGCGCAAAGCUGAGGAGGCCUUGGAUACAGCCUUGAAGAUCUUCCAUGAGAGCAAUUGGAAAACUGAAAAGAUGGACCACAACAGUGCCAUUCAGACCUGCCACCAUUCCAAGUUUGGCAAAGUCUACAAAUAUGCGGGUACACUGCCAGCACCUCCAGAAACUAUUUUGGACAUUCUAUUCAACCGAUUGGAGGAGCAAGUUCUGUGGAACCCUUCAGUGAAAGAAGCCAGGGUAAUAGAGAGCAUAGACAGUCAGACCGACAUUGUGUACAUACUUUCAGAUGGUGCAAAAGGAGUCAUUUCUUCUCGAGAUUUUGUGAACCUGAGGAUGUGGCAGAAGCGUGGAGAGUCCUACUUACUGUGUGCCAUCAGUGCCGAGCACGCCAAGCAGCCACCCAAGAAAACUGUCGUGAGCGCAUAACAGAGUGCACUCAUGCAAUGUAGCCACCUGCACAAGUUUGGACAGAAGGAUUCUAUCUACCUCUGCUCAUGAACAGUGAAGCAGCAUUGUAAGGAAAUGAAGGCUCAUUGGUGACAGAACCCCUAAGCAUAAUGGCUAAAACCUACUUCGAUGUGCAGACUUUGGCACCUGCAACUGCUUCUGUAGAAAGCUAUGGCCCCAUGUGUGAGUGGUUGUGACUGCAUUGUGUUUUUGAUAUUAAAGUGACGGUAGUUGAGAGUUCUAAACGACACUUGCUCUUGCCAUCUAUCUAUUCUGUCAUGCUGUGGAGUGCAUUAUUGUGCAGUGAUUAAUGUAUUGCUUAGCUAAUAAAUGGUAUGGGCACCAUAUGCAACAUUUGACAGCAGGUAAUAGCUCGAGACAGCAUUUUCUUCAAUUGUCUAUCCAUUAUUCAGGAGCAGACAUCGUGUCAUUAUCACAGUUAGGGGAGUUUUCACAGGGUUACAGGAGUUUAGCAUAACAUUGGGGGCUUUGUGGGUGGUCGGAGCUGCAGUAAAAUAGUUGAGAGCUAGAAGAAUUGCUGAAGCCUGCAGAUCUUUUAUAAGUGUAAAAACAUGUCUGGAACCAUUCUGUUGGUUUGAGCGGUUUUUGUA